GUGUUCAAUCAAUCCUAAUGACACGCCUGAGUCAGCUCAUUAGCUGUUGUAGGGUGUGUGAUGAAGACUAUAAUGCAUGGAGCUCCUGUGCUGCCGGGAUGGGUGGCUCCAGUUUUCCAGAUCUGGUGACCUAACUUGUUCUCCAGCGCGCGGGCGACCGCACGAGCAUGAAAAGGGAAUCCCUGCGGCUGAUUGGACAAGCCCUGUGACGUCACAGAGUUCCGGGUAUAAAGAGGUUCUGGGUUCUUACAGGAGGUGCAGAUUUUUUCGAGCUCAGAGGAUAAACCGCGAUGUCGUUACACAAAAACUCUGAGGAAAGAACGUCGGUGAGGAUCCAGCAGCGGCUGUAUCCAUCACUGCCAAACGCCGACAGGUAUGAGAUCUGUUUGCCGGUGGGCUCGAGUCCAGAAGGUUCGGAGCUCCGUUUCAACGCCCUGGUGGAGGAACCGACGUGUGAGGAACCCCUGAUCAGCAUGAAGGCGCAGAUCCUUCUCUUGGAGGAGCAGAGAAAAGAGCUUCUCCUCAUCAAUAAGAAGUGGGCAAAGGAGUACAGAUCUAUGGUGCAGUACUACAAGCAGAAGGUGAAAUGUUUGAGUUUAGCGCAGCACCAGGACAGCGCCGCAGAGGAGAAGCGCGUCACCUUUGACCUGAAAAAGACGUUAGGAGGGAAGGCUGCAGAGGAGGAAGCCGAAGAGCUGCGGCUGCAGAACAGCACUCUGACCCGUAGGGGGCAGCAGCAGCACGAGGAGAUCAGGCGGCUCAACGAGGCUUUAGAGGAGGCGCUCCGCGGUUCUGAGAGCCAAACACUACCAGACGUCUGGAAACAUCAGGCUGAGGUCUACAAAGAAGACUUUCUGAAGGAGCGCAGAGACCGGGAGAUUCUGAAGGAGAAGUAUCUGGAGCUGGAGAAGCGCUCCAGAAGAGCUCACGAGGAGCUCCGCCUCCUCAAGUCUCAGGUGACGCGGAUGAAGCCGACUCCCACCUGUUCCUGCGGGACUCGAGCUACAAGUCCAGACUGGGACGUCUGUUCGGUCAACCAGCAGCACAAACAUCAAAGACGCUACACUGCAGACGAGAAAAUCCCAAAAUGAUUAUUUUCCAAGCUUUGGGAUUAUGAGUUUGCACCGAACUGCCUGAAAAAACGAUGAACUUAAACACUAGGAAGGGAUUUCAGUGCAGCGGAGAGCCUCUUCUCUGCACCCGAACACGACACGAGAAGCACUGCUGACUUGUUGCACACUAUUUGACCUCAGCAGCUGCUGUCGGGACAGGAGGAACUACAGCUGCAGAAAUCCAGGUGAAUCCGUCCAGGUGCACCUGGACUAAACAUGUGAAAAGUUUGAAGGAAAAAUAUAUUUAUGUGAGUAUUAUAUAAAAAAUGUAUUAUUUUGUCUGAUGCUUAUUUAUAUUAAAAUAAUAAAUUAAAAAA